AUGGCAGCUCUACGAGUUUCCACCGCAUCUCUGUCGCGCAAGACCCUCACUGCCUGCCGCCCUAGACUGUAUCUGGGAGUGCGCUGCACCAGCGCCCGCCUGCUACAGCCGAUCGGCAAUGGCCCGACAUAUUCGACCGCCGCACCGUCACAAUCACUGGCUCCUAAGAUUCAGCGAGGCGGUUCAAAACUAUUCCAAAAUGCGGACGCCGCAGUCACCGAUAUCAAGAGCGGGUCGACCAUCCUCAGCUCUGGGUUUGGUCUCUGCGGGGUUGCAGAAACCAUCAUUAAUGCGAUGCACCGCCGAGGAGCGGAUCAAUUGCACUCGCUGACGGCGGUGUCCAACAAUGCCGGCGCCGCGGGCAAGGGCGGCCUUUCGACACUGUCGCAGAACGGCCAGCUUAGCCGAUUGAUCCUGUCGUACCUUGGGAACAACAAGGCUCUGGAGAAGAAGUACCUAUCGGGAAAUAUUGCUAUCGAACUCUGCCCGCAAGGUACUUUGGCGGAGCGCCUGCGCGCUGGAGGCGCGGGGAUUCCGGCCUUUUUCACGCCGACGGGAGUCCACACAUUUAUCCAGGAAGGGAAGAUCCCCGUUCGCAUGGACGAGUCGGGCAAGGUCUUGGAAUCGGGCAAGCCACGCGAGACCCGCGAGUUCAACGGCAAGACAUAUUUGAUGGAAACCGCCCUGACCGGGGACGUAGCCAUCCUCCGGGCCUGGAAGGCAGACGAGGCAGGGAACUGUGUGUUCCGAUACACCACCAAGGCAUUUGGCCCGAUUAUGGCCAAGGCCGCGACCCUGACAAUCGUCGAGGCUGAGAACAUUGUGCCGGUCGGCUCGAUUGAUCCAAAUGAUGUGGACUUGCCGGGGAUCUUCGUGGACCGAAUUGUCCCUGCCACAGACGAGAAGCACAUUGAGAUCAAGAAGCUGCGGUCGACAGAGGGUGGUGCGACUGAGUCAACCAAGGAUGAAUCACAGAUCCAAAGAGAGCGAAUUGGUCGCAGAGCGGCCAAGGAGCUGAAGCAAGGAUACUAUGUCAACCUGGGCGUUGGCAUUCCCACGCUGGCGCCCUCAUUUUUGCCCGACGACGUCAAAGUCUGGGUGCAGUCGGAGAACGGAAUUCUGGGAAUGGGAGCGUAUCCAACAGAGGAUGAGGUGGACCCAGAUAUCAUCAACGCCGGCAAAGAAACCGUGACUUUAGUCCCUGGUGCUGCCACUUUCGAUAGCACCGAGUCAUUCGGCAUGAUCCGCGGUGGCCAUGUGGAUGUGUCUAUCCUCGGGGCUCUGCAAGUAAGCGCCAACGGCGACUUGGCAAACUACAUGAUCCCCGGCAAGGUAUUCAAGGGCAUGGGCGGGGCGAUGGAUCUCAUCUCGAACCCCGAUAAGACCAAGAUUGUGGUGGCCACCAGCCAUGUGGCCAAGGAUGGCUCGCCAAAGAUUGUACAGAAAUGCAGGCUGCCUUUGACGGGGGCCAAUGUGGUCAGCACUAUCAUCACGGACCUGUGUGUCUUCCAGGUUAACCGAUCCACUGGCGAGUUGACGCUGACGGAACUUGCACCGGGCGUGGAGGUCGAAGAGGUGCAGAACAAGACGGAUGCCAAGUUCAGCAUUGCAGAGAACCUGGGGAUCAUGGAAUAG